UCCAUUGAUCUCCCUCUGUUACUAGCUUUCUAUCUAGGGUUUUCAAAUAAAGCUGAUAAUUUUGCAGAGACCUCUGUUGAAAACUAUAUAUAUUAUAUAGGCACAUAUACAUAAAAGGAAUCAUUUGCUUUAGUUUAGUGAUGUCUCAAGUGGUGGUGUGGUGGCUUUAUGAGAUUGGUUCAAAGAAGGAAUAUAUAAAGACAAUCUGAUCUGAAUGUACCAUGCCUUCGCUCUUCUUCUGCUCUGUCCUGUUCACCGGUCCUAAUUCCCCUUUUCAUUGGAGGCCGUGACGACGACGACCGCCCUACUCUUCUUCCAAGAUUUCUAGAGAGAGAGAGUGUGUGUGUGCUAUUUUUAGAAGAGAGAGAGAAAGAGAGAGAUUGAUAUUUAUAAACAGAAAAAACUAUACUAUAUAUGUAUCUAUUUUUAUAUAUUAAAUAGGGAAUUUUAGAGAGAGAAAUGUUGGGUCUGGUGCGGCAGCUAAUAUGGAGAAGGAUUUUGAUUCAAAGCUGAGGAUUGAGAGCAAUUCUUCCAAUGGAGGGAACUUAUCCAGAUCUAAGAGCUUCGCGUUUAGGGCACCCCAAGAGAAUUUCACCAUCCAAGAGUUCGAAUUGGGCAGGAUCUACGGCGUUGGUUCUUAUUCCAAGGUGGUGCGAGCAAGGAAGAAAGACUCAGGAAUUGUAUACGCCUUGAAGAUCAUGGAUAAAAAAUUUAUUACGAAAGAAAACAAAACCAAUUAUGUGAAGUUGGAGCGUAUUGUGCUAGAUCAGUUGGAUCAUCCAGGCAUUGUGCGGCUCUUUUUUACAUUUCAAGAUACUUUUUCUCUAUACAUGGCACUUGAGUCCUGUGAAGGUGGUGAACUUUUUGAUCAAAUAACCAGGAAAGGCCGUUUGCCAGAGGAUGAAGCUCGGUUCUAUGCAGCUGAAGUUGUGGAUGCUCUUGAGUACAUACAUGGUAUGGGACUGAUACAUCGAGAUAUUAAGCCAGAGAACCUGCUACUCACUGCUGAAGGACAUAUUAAAAUUGCUAAUUUUGGUAGUGUGAAGCCCAUGCAGGAUAGUCAGAUUACAAUCCUUCCUAAUGCAUCAUCUGAUGAUAAAGCUUGCACGUUUGUUGGAACAGCUGCUUAUGUCCCCCCAGAAGUUCUAAAUUCUUCUCCAGCAACUUUUGGAAAUGACCUUUGGGCACUUGGCUGCACUGUGUACCAGAUGCUUUCAGGCACUUCUCCCUUUAAAGAUGCUAGUGAGUGGCUCAUUUUCCAAAGAAUUAUUGCCAGAGAUAUCAGAUAUCCAAAUUAUUUUUCAGAAGAAGCUAGAGAUCUCAUUGACCAAUUAUUGGAUAUUGACCCCACCAGAAGACCAGGUGCCGGGCCUGAUGGUUAUGAUUCACUCAAGAUGCAUCCGUUCUUUAGGGGAGUUGACUGGAAGAAUUUAAGGGCGCAAAAUCCUCCACAACUUGCUUUGGAGCAAAAGGCUCAUUCGAGUGACAGUGAUGAUGUUCAGGAUUCUUCUUGGAACCCAUCUCACGUUGGGGAUGGUUCAACAAGACAACAUGAUGGGAAUGGUGGUUCUGCAUCAUCUUCUGACGCUGGCCAUGUAACUAGGAUUGCUUCAAUUGAUUCUUUUGAUUCAAAAUGGCAACAGUUUUUGGAGCCUGGUGAAUCUGUCCUUAUGAUCUCAAUGGUCAAGAAGAUUCAAAAACUGACAAACAAGAAAGUUCAGCUUAUCCUCACAAACAAGCCGAAGUUGAUUUAUUUGGAUCCUUCGAAGUUGGUGGUUAAAGGGAAUAUAAUCUGGUCUGACAACUCUAAUGAACUUAACGUCCAAGUUAUGAGCCCUUCUCUUUUCAAGAUUUUCACUCCGAAGAAGGUUUUGUCAUUUGAGGAUGUGAAGCAACGAGCGAUGCAAUGGAAAAAGGCAAUUGAGGCCCUCCAAAACCGGUGAUUUCUGUUUGCGGUUUUUGACAACAUGAUUCUUUGGAUGUAACAAUAUUGUAGAGAGAGGAACAUGGAGAUCCCAAAAACAGUUGGAUGCUCCCAAGGGAUUUUUGUUAAAGAAAAUGAUUUCAAGUUGCAGAGCCAGCCCUAUUUAAGGUACAACCUUCACUCUUUUGAUUUACAGUAUACUUUUGUGGCAAGGGUUUUGUUGUGUAAUUAUGAUGGGAAUUGUCCUUGUUGCAAGGUUGGCAGAGGGAUGUGUUCAUUACUGGUUUUAUGUGACUAGAUAAAAUACAAGCCACUUGGAAAUACUGUUUUUGUAAUUGUUUACAUAUUAUUUUUUGUUUUACAAAAAAAUGCAUUAAACAUGUUUAUGAGUAAUUCUAUUCUCACA